AUGUUAAUUACAAAUGUAUGUGAUGCAAAAAAAGCCAAUGAAAUAAUUGGCGGUACAACAACGUCAAUUGCAGAGUAUCCAUUUAUUGUAUCAAUUCAAUGGUUAAAUAUUCAUUAUUGUGGUGGAACAUUGAUAUCAUCAUCCUUUGUUUUAACAACAGCAUCUUGUGUUAGUUUUGAAGCUGGUAGUUUUGUAACAAAUUUUCAAGUACUUGCUGGUACAAAUGAUAAAUUAAAUACUUUUCGAAAUGCAAAAAUUCGAAAUGUCAUAUAUAUUAUUCUUCAUUACAAUUAUGUACCAUAUAAUUUUUGGGAAAAUGAUUUAGCAAUAUUAAAACUGGAUCGACCAUUUAACAUGCACACUAUUUCUAUACGAAAAAUUGCUGUUAGCACGAGUCAAAAAUUAUUUGUCAUGCAUUACAAAACAGCAGGAUGGGGUGAUAGAUCAAUACCACAUUUUCAAAUAACUCAAUAUUUACAAAAAAUUAAAUUAAAAAGUAUUGAUAAACAAGUAUGCCAUACAAUAUUUGGACAAGGUCUUUCACCAUUUCAGGGUUGUGCAAAAGUUAUUUAUCCUAAUCAAGAAUUGUCAAUGGGUGAUAGUGGCAAUCCAAUGGUCAUUAAUAAUGAACUUGUUGGAGUCAUUUCAGCUUAUUCACGUGUCAAAGGAAAAUUUAUAAUUUUUACUGAAAUUUGGAAUUAUAAUAAUUGGAUUCUAUGUGAUGCUAAAAAAGCCAAUAAAAUAAUUGGUGGUACAACAACGUCAAUUGCAGAGUAUCCAUUUAUUGUAUCGAUUCAUUGGUCAAAUUUUCAUUUAUGCAGUGGAAAUUUAAUAUCAUCAUUGCAUGUUUUAACAACAGCAAGUUGUGUUUUAUUUGAAAUUGGUCAUGUUGCUGGUAAUUUAAUAAUAAUUGCUGGUACAAAUGAUAAAUUAAAUACACUGAACCUUGGACAAGUACGACAUGUUCAAUAUACAAUUUAUCAUGAAGAAUAUAAUCCUUUUCAAUUAUGGAAAAAUGAUUUAGCAGUAUUAAAACUGGAUCAACCAUUGAAUGUCAAUAAUUUUUAUACAAGAACAAUUAGUCUUCGUACACGUCCAAAAAUAUUAGUACUGCAUUAUAAAACAGCUGGAUGGGGUGAUAGAACAAUAGCUCCUAUUCGAAUGACACAAUAUUUACAAAGAAUUAAAUUAAAACGUAUUAAUAAACAAGUAUGCCAUAUGAUAUAUGAAAGGGAUCUUGAUUUAUUUCAAAGUUGUGCCAAAGUUAUUUAUCCAAAUCAAGGAUUGACAACGGGUGAUAGUGGAAAUCCAUUAGUCAUUGAUAAUAAACUUGUUGGAGUUGUUUCUGCAUUUUUGGAUGUUAGAGGACAAUUUGCAAUUUUUACUGAAACUUGGCCUUAUCAUGAUUGGAUUGAAAAUACAAUGCGGCUAUAA